CGUUGGCGUCUGGCUAGACUAUUGCUGGAACAGGCGAUCGCAAAACGCGUGCGUCCGACGCGCACGAAAUAGUUCAAAAAGUCGCUUAUAGGAAAACAGAACCAUUAUCGACUAUUGCGUGCUUGUCGAACAAACGCUGUGCUACUUAUUAUACAUUAUUUUAAUAAUUAAAUAAACAGUAAUGGCUUCAAAAUUCCAGUUUACAUAUGCGGAGGAAGAAAAUUUAGUAGACCAGGUCGGAAAAUAUCCUGUUUUGUAUGAUCGCUUUACUAGAGAUUUUAACAAUAAAAUAGUGAAAGAAGAUGUAUGGAUUGAGAUAUCGAACAGAGUGGGAAGAACACCUGCUGAUUGUAAAAGGAGAUGGAGAAAUAUUCGGGACACAUACUUGAAAUUAAAGCGGGGAAGAAAAUAUGGGACAGGAUCGUUGGCACAGCCAAGAUCGAAAUGGCCAUUAUUAAAGCAUUUGAGUUUUUUAAAUAAUGUGUGGUUCAGAAGAAGCGCCUAUAAUAAUAGGAUGCCGCUUCCUGCAGAACUGAAAGAAAUAGUUUGGCUUCCAGAAACAACCAUAAGUACAUCGUCCACAGAGACAUCUGCGGAUACAUUAACAGAGAUGGCCAUGGACACAUCAGUUAAUCAAACACCACCUAUUCAUAUGGGGUACCUUCAUUCGUCGUCUGAUCAUAAAGGAAACUUGGACGUCGGAAAUAAUCCAGGAACAGAACAUACACAGGAUCAUGACAAAAUGUUGGAAAUAUUUCGAGGGAGGUCUGUCGAUGGAGAGAAAAGUAUUGAAGCCCUAAAGAAGUCACACGAAGACAAUGAUCCGACUUUAACAUUUUUCAAAAGUAUGGCCAUGGUGGUGAGAACAUUUUCUCCCAACUUAAUUGUAGAAGCUAAACGUGAGGUUUUUAACAUCAUUCACGAAUUAGAAUUAAGGUCUAUUAGAGAAAAUGCGAAUUACCAAUUCGAUCCUAUCAAUACGUUAACAAAGUUGUAAAUAAUUAUAAGUCUUAAGAAAUAAAAGAUAUUUUUUCAUACAUUA